AUGGCAAUUGCUAAGAAGUUCAAAGAGUAUCUGAGUCCUGGUGGCACUUCUGAGGGAGAACGCAAGUUGGUACAGAAGCUCGACUUCUUUAUCUUGACAUUUUGCUGUUUGAUGUACUUCUUGAAUUAUGCAAGUUUACCUCCACUGAUACAUAUAUUCUUGGCUAACGUUGAUGUAGNNCUUGAUAGAAGUAACCUANCCAACGCAUAUGAUGGUGCGACUAACAUGUUGAAGNGCUACGUUAUUGGUCAGAUCCCUUCAAACAUCGCCCUCUACUACAUCAAACCUCGAAUCUUCUUCCCUUCUAUGUUGAUCGUGUGGGGUCUGUUGACUAUGGUCACGGCUGCCGCCCAGAAUCCUCAAUCGAUCAUGGCUAUCCGUUUCUUCCAAGCGUUGGCAGAAUCGAGCACCUUUGUUGGAACACACUACAUCCUAGGAGCAUGGUAUACCGAGCGCGAACUUGGUAAACGCAGCGGUAUCUUCACAGCGUCUGGUCUUGCUGGAACCAUGAUCGGAGGAUAUAUCCAAACCGGAAUUCACUCCUCCAUGGACGGUUUACAGGGACUCGCUGGCUGGAGAUGGCUUUUUAUUAUCGAUGCUGUAAUCACCAUACCGGUUGCUAUCUAUGGCUUCCUCUUGUUUCCUGACACUCCGCAAACGACCAGAGUGCCAUAUCUCUCUGAAGCCGAGCGUGAGCUUGCUCGAUCCCGUGUCCCUCGUCAUGUCCACCGGGCACCCUUCAACUGGGCCUUUGUCAAGCGAGUCUUUGGUUCCUGGUACUUCUACGGCUUUGUCAUGCUAUGGAUCAUUGCUGGCGAAACUGAGUCCUUCUCGUCAAACUCUCUGCUCGCUCUGUACAUGAAAGCACACCCAGAGCGCAAAUACGCAGUUUCGCAACUCAACAAUUAUCCCACUGGUGUUCCUGCUGUCGGUAUCAUUUCCACGAUCUUCUGGGCCACACUUACGGAUUUCUUGGGCGGCAAGAGAUAUCUUGUUGGGUACUGGAUUGGUAUCACUGGUAUUAUUACAUCGGCGAUGAUACUUGCACCUUCUGCUACCACAGCAUCGACGUUCGCGGCAUACUAUUGGACCGGCUCUGUUUAUGCCUGUAGGCNNCAAGCAACCUUUUUCGCAUGGGCAAAUGAUGCCCUCCGUUACGAAGAAGACAGUCUUCGUGCUGUCGUAAUCGCAUCCAUGAAUGCAGGCAGUGGUGCCGUAAACGCAUGGUGGUCCAUCAUAUUCUACUCUGCAAACUUUGCACCCAAGUUCACCAGAGGAAUGUGGGCGAUGAUAGGAUGUUCCAUCGCAUUAAUCAUCUGGACGGCAGGAGUCACUUGGAUGUGUGUAAGGACAGAAAAGAAGGGGAUUAGUCAGGGUGUAGAGGCUUAUAAUGGUGAUGUUGGGGAUGAGAUUGUCAGUGUAGAUGGUAAUGGUGCUGAAAAGGCUUGA